AUGCCGACCUUGGCUUCCAUGGCGACUCCAGAAGAAGGGCCGGUUCCUUUCGAGGACGCCCUUGUUGUUAUAGGCACAAACCUCCUCUCCUCGUCGCAGCAUCGCGAGGAAGAGCAUGCCGACCUUGUCGCCACCCUGCCGAGCGCGCUGGAGGCCAACGGUGUCAAGAAGCUCCGUCUUUACCAGGGCUUCUGGCUACGGGAUAUCCACGUCCCGGCGGUCAUCGCCCUCCAGCGGCGAUUUCAGCCCCGCCACGACGACGUCAUUGUGGCCAGCUUUCCCAAGUGCGGCACCACGUGGCUCAACGCCUUGACCUUCGCGACGAUGGCACGCAGGGCAUACCCUCCCGCCGGCGCCGACCACCCGCUCCGCCGCCUGAACCCGCACCAGUGCCUCCCUUUCCUGGAGGGCCUCUUCCAGGGCGGCCGGGAGGCCGAGCUCGAGGCGCUCCCGUCCCCGCGCCUCAUGAACACGCACAUGCCGCUCCCGAUGGUGGUGCCGUCGGCCGUGCCCGGCUGCCGGGUCGUGUACGUAUGCAGGGAGCCCAAGGACAUGGCCGUCUCGGCGUGGCACUUCCUCCGCCGCCUGCAGCCGGACCUGGCGUUCAGCGUCGUCUUCGAGUCCGUCUGCGACGGCAGGAUGGCGUUCGGCCCCGUCUGGGACCACGUUCUCGGCUACUGGCGCGCGAGCACGGCGAUGCCGGACAAGGUGCUCUUUCUGCGGUACGAGGAGCUGCUCCGCGACCCGGCCGACAAGGUCCGAAAGCUGGCGCGGUUCCUGGGAAUGCCAUUCUCUGCAGCGGAGGAAGACGCCGGCACCGUCGACAGCAUCGUCCGGCUCUGCAGCUUCGAUCACCUCAAGGGCCUGGACGCCAACAAAAUUGGGCAUUUGGAUCCCCUCCUCCCCGUCCCGCGUGAUGCGCUCUUCAGGAAUGGGGCGUCCGGUGAUUGGGUGAACCACAUGACCGCGGAAAUGGCAAGCCGUCUGGACAGGAUCGUAGCUGACAAAAUGCGCGGGACAGGGCUCAAUUUUCGGUGA